AUGGGUGCAGGGCAGCCGAGUCCAUCGAGACAAGUGACGGGCGAUGCGCUACGCCGGCUACAGACUCUGAUGGACGGCGCGAAACUGCUGCUCCCAGCCAUCUGCUACGCUAGAGCCCGCGCCUUUGACGAAGCCAUAUUGGCAACUUACAUCCCUCUGAAAGAUGCGAAGGUGUAG